AUGAAGGAUGUACCCUACUCUAAUGCUGUAGGGUCUGUAAUGUACUUAAUGGUAAGCACAAGACCUGACCUAGGUUAUGCUAUGAGUGUACUUAGCAAAUACAUGGCUAAUCCAGGAAAAGUUCACUGGUUAGCCAUGAAAUGGGUAUUCAGGUAUCUACUUGGGACAACUAAAGUUGGAUUAAUCUACAAUAGACAGAAGGCUAACAAUAUAAUUGAAGGCUAUAGUGAUUCUGACUAUGCAGGGGAUAGGGAUAAUAGGAGAUCUACAUCUGCCUAUUUCUUUCUAAUUGGAGGUAAUUGUGUAAGCUGGAAAGUUCAGCUUCAAACUGUUGUGGCACUAUCAACUACAGAAGCUGAGUAUGUAGCCACAACUGAAGCUAUAAAGGAAGCAAUAUGGCUAAAAGGGCUAAUGAAGGAACUAAAUCUACUUAAAGGAGUGCCUACUGUGUAUUCAGACAGCCAGAGCUGCAUAUUUCUAUGUAAAAAUCCUAUGUUCCAUUACAGAACAAAACACAUAGAAAUCAAGUAUCACUUUAUCAGGGAUAAAGUGACACAAGGUGAAAUUGGCAUUGAGAAGGUGCCUACUGAGGAUAACCCAGCAGACAUGGGAACUAAAAUUGUGACUCUUAACAAGUUCACACAUUGUAUGAACUUGUUAAGAAUCAACUCAAGAGACUAA